UCCUGCCCUCAGCUCUUCUCUCCGCUUGCCAUUUUUAGCUCCUCAUUUCGCUCCUCACAAUCGCCUCCGGCCUCUCUUCCGCCAAGCCACGACCACCACCAACCCAUCCUCCCACCUCCGAUCGCCUCCCGGCGGAACGCGCCCCGUUCCGCCGCCGCAGUGCCAUGCGCCUGCCACCGUGGAGGAGGAAGAAGAAGCAGAAGCACGAGAGGAGGAGGGCCUGCGACACCGCCCACAAGAGGCUCUGACCGCCAUCGCCGCCGCGGCCCGGCGGCCCGAUGGGCAACGUCUGCGUCGGCUCCCGCUUCUCCAAGAACCGCUUCUUCGGCAACUUCUCCCUCUGGCGCAACCGCUCCCGCUCCAGCAGCACCCCCUCCAACCCCACCACCACCUCCCGCUCCGUCCCCGUCGUCCAGGUCCAGCCCAGCGAGUCCGACGCCAAGCCGACCCCGCCGCCGCCGACGCAAACCGCCGCCCCGGCCCCCAUCGUCAUCUCCGAACCAGCUCCGGCGCCGUCUCCUCUUCCCCAGCCACCACAGCCAAUAACGCCGCCGCCACCGCCGGCGUCAUCAGAAGCCGACCCAUCGCCACCGCAACAGCCUGCGGCAUCGCAACCGCAACCGCAAUCGCAGCCGCAGUCGAAGAAGAAGGCGGCGCACAUCAAGCGCAUCUCCAGCGCCGGCCUUCAGGUGGAGUCGGUGCUCCGGCGCAAGACCGAGAACCUCAAGGACAAGUACAGCCUGGGGCGGAAGCUCGGGCAGGGCCAGUUCGGCACGACGUACCUGUGCGUCGACAAGGCCACCGGCGGCGAGUACGCGUGCAAGUCCAUCGCGAAGCGUAAGCUGGUGACCGACGAGGACGUGGAGGACGUCCGGCGCGAGAUCCAGAUCAUGCACCACCUGGCCGGCCACCCGAGCAUCAUCGGCAUCCGGGGCGCGUACGAGGACGCCGUGGCGGUACACGUGGUGAUGGAGCUCUGCGCCGGCGGCGAGCUCUUCGACCGCAUCGUGCGGCGGGGCCACUACACGGAGCGGCAGGCGGCGACGCUCGCCCGCGUCAUCGUCGCCGUCGUGGAGUCGUGCCACUCGCUCGGCGUCAUGCACCGCGACCUCAAGCCCGAGAACUUCCUCUUCGUUGGCAACGACGAGGACUCGCCGCUCAAGACCAUCGACUUCGGCCUCUCCAUGUUCUUCCGGCCAGGAGAGGAGUUCACGGACGUGGUGGGGAGCCCGUACUACGUGGCGCCGGAGGUGCUGAAGAAGCGGUACGGGCAGGAGGCGGACGUGUGGAGCGCCGGCGUCAUCAUCUACAUCCUGCUCUGCGGCGUACCGCCGUUCUGGGCGGAGACGGAGCAGGGGAUCUUCGAGCAGGUGCUGCACGGCUCGCUCGACUUCGAGUCGGACCCGUGGCCGAGCGUGUCGGAGAACGCAAAGGACCUGCUCCGGAAGGUGCUCGUCAGGGACCCCAAGAGGCGCCUCACCGCGCACCAAGUCCUCUGCCACCCGUGGCUUGAGGCGAUCGGCUCCGCGCCGGACAAGCCGCUGGACUCAGCGGUGCUGUCACGGCUGAAGCAGUUCUCGGCGAUGAACAAGCUCAAGAAGAUGGCGCUGAGGGUGAUCGCGGAGAACCUGUCGGAGGAGGAGAUCGCGGGGCUCAAGGAGAUGUUCAAGAUGAUGGACACUGACAACAGCGGGCAGAUCAACUUCGAGGAGCUCAAGGCUGGCCUUCAAAGGGUCGGCGCCAACAUGAAGGAAUCGGAGAUAUACCAGCUCAUGCAGGCUGCUGACAUCGACAACAGUGGGACCAUAGAUUAUGGAGAGUUCAUAGCGGCAACGCUGCACCUCAACAAAGUUGAAAGGGAAGACCAUCUUUUUGCCGCCUUCCAAUACUUCGACAAGGAUGGCAGCGGAUACAUCACAGCUGAUGAGCUGCAGCAAGCUUGUGACGAGUUUGGCAUAGAAGAUGUCCGACUUGAAGACAUGAUUGGCGAAGUGGAUCAAGACAAUGACGGGCGCAUUGAUUACAAUGAGUUUGUCGCAAUGAUGCAGAAAUCGCCUGCUGGUUUUGGCAAGAAAGGCCAUCAGUACAACCUUAGCAUUGGUUUUAGGGAUGCCUUGAAUAAGGCACAUAGCUGACAUUGUUGUAGUUUUGCAUUUAUGUAUACUUGUGCAACUGAAAUGGUGCUGUGCAUACGUGUUGUAAAUGAGGAGGAAACUUGGGCUCUGAUUAAUUCAUAGGAGAUUUGUUAA